CUGAAAUAAUUUUUAUGUUUUUUUUUUAUUUUCACAGAUUCCCUAAAAAUGAAGUGCUGCGUCAGAAGUGGCUUGAAGUCAUUGGGACGGAAAAUACCAAACCUGGACUUAAAGCGCCAGGUAUAUGUUCAUUACACUUUGCAGUAUCAUUCUUCAACUUCAAUAGAACCCUUGAUGUUAUAAGGCUGCGUGAUGAUGCAGUACCGUCAAUCCACCUUGUACCUUCAAAAACAACACAAGGACUGGUUCUGCGUGAAAUCCAAAAUGUCGAAGAACAGUCGUCCUCCAUGGUACCUCAACCAACCUUACCAGUGAAACAUCUAGAAGAACAGGCAUCCUCCAUGAACACUCAACCAUCCUUACCAGUGAAACACCUGGAUAAGAUUUAUAAGGAGAUUGAACCCAAAUCUUUGACUUCUGAGGAAGCGAUACCGUUAGACCCCCAUAGGCAACUAAGGCCUCUUACAAAAUGA